ACUAAAUAGUCAUAUGUUUUCUAAGUAUUCUUAAUAUUAGGGUUUGUUUGCUCUUAAUGUCUACUUAAAACAUGUAUAUUCACUAUAGAAGGAAGCCGGACGUUUUUUUCCAUUUCUUACCAUAUACUUAAAGAAAGUAAGUUAAAAAGAAGAUAUGAUUAAAAUGAUAUAUUGAUAGAGAAUAUAACAUGGACAGGGUGUAUUUUCUCGGAUACGUGUUACUUUUGUUGAUUGUUAACACCGUUUUGUGUUCCAAUGAUUGUGGUAAACUUUCUUUGGAAUACAUUCAAACGGGAGAAACAGUUUCCGCUAAAAUAUAUUUCAAUCCUUCGGCGGAUCUUGAAUGGUAUACAUGGAGACGUGUCAGCCCUUUCAGACACCUAAAAAACUCGACUAAAUAUGUUAUUUCAGAAAAUCCGCACACAAUCAUUAUUAAAAACUUAGCUUCCUCUGAUGAUGGCAGAUAUGAUACUGAAUGUACUUUAACAAAUGGUAUUGUACGUGUAAGCGCAAAUGAUAUUUCUAUAAGUCUGAACAUAACGUACACAACUGAAGAAACAUCACGUGACUCGGUUUCAUCACGUGAUCAUUAUUCAACAACGAGACUAUUUGAAACUAGAAUUACCCAAGGAAAUGUGACACCUUCGUCCACAAAAAGAAUGUCCAAAACAACGGAGAGAACAAUAUCGCAAUACACUGGAUUAUUUGCUACUACAAAAAUGGAACCAGAUAAUAGGACACCACUAUCUUACACUUCAGAAACGGUAUCAUCUGAAGGUGGAACACUCUCUUCAUCAACAGAAACAGUAUCAUCUGAAGGUGGAACACUGUCUUCUUCAACAGAAACAGUAUCAUCUGAAGAAGGAACACUGUCUUCUUCAACAGAAACAGUAUCUGAAGGGGCUUCAUCUGAAGGGGCCUCACUGCCUUCUUCAACAGAAACGGUAUCAUCUGAAAGGGCCUCAUCUGAAGAGGCUUCACUGUCUUCUUCAACAGAGUUGGAAAUAUCUACACUGCCUUAUACUAAGGAAGUAUCAUCUCAAGACGUUAGAAUGUCUUCUGUAUUGACAAGGAUUUUCUUUCAAACAAGCAGAUUCUCAGAGGAUUCAGAUACUACUACACCGGACGGAAAACAUAAGAAAACAACAGAGUUCAUGUCAGCGGAAGGUACGGUGAAACCCGUAAAUGAUACUACCAUAGAGCAUGGACCUACAAAUGUUUCAACCUCCACAUCCUUUUCAUAUUCUACAAUUUCUUCAUCAGAAGUUUUAUCAACAUUAUCGACAUUAUCGACAACUGACAGCAUCAAUAUUUCAACCGGACACGAGACAGACAAAAGUUGUGUAAUCGAGGAAACGGGACAGACUACAAACAUACUCCUAGAUUUCUUCAUUACGGUAACGGUUGUCCUGAUUAUUAUUAUCAUCGUCAUUGUUGGAUAUGGAAAGAGAAAGUGUCGCGAGGAAUCAUUUCCAGAUCGUCGUAAUGAGAAUAUGGAACAAAGAAACUGCUUUACGAAUGCCACUUAUGUCACAGUUGAAAAGAAAACGACAAGUAAUAUGAAAAUUACAAAUUGAGCGAUAUAUAGAAACAAAAUUCACUUUACUCAAACAAUAAAUCUGUUAUCAUCGCACUAUAAUUUUAAUCGCCAUAAUUAUGCUGUUCAUCUUAUUAAAGGAGCUCAACUGAGGUCAAAAACCUUAAAACAUAAAAUUUGAACUGAAGUACUUUAAUGCAAAAGACUGCAAAGAAAAAUAAAGGAAUUCACUCAGAAUUCAUUGAAUAUCGAUUUUGUGUGUGCAUUUUUAGCCGAUUGAGUAACAUGCUUUUCAUUUUUAUGUCAUAAUGAUUAUUCUCGGAAAAAAUAGGGGAUAGAAUUAUCUGAAAAUUUUCACAUAGGUUAUUAGUCCAGACCUUUAUCAAAUGGUACAAAAUCUUUGAUAAAUAUUAAAGUCUCGUCAAGUUAAAAAAAUCCUCAGUGGAGUCUCUUCAUGUCUAAUACAGCGUUUGGUUACCCUCUAUGUAUAUCGCAUUGUUCGAAAAAAAGUUCUGCA